GCUGUUACGUCGCUCACAAAUGGCAAAUUACAAGUGGUAGGGAAGAGGAGUCGAAAGUUUGUGAAAGGUAGUUUCUUGUCUUUUAAAAUUUCACAGUGAAAUAUGAGACCUAUACUCGAAUAAUAUAUUAGAGGCGUUGACAAUAGUGAGAAUUUACCUUUUUGACUCGGUUGUUUGUUCUACCGAAGCGGUCGGUUGCGAGAUAAAUGGUCAAGAAGUUUUGUCGAAUUGAACAGAGAAACCACCACGGGAGGGUUUGAACAUUUCACAUUCCAUAGGUAGAAACGUUGAAGAAAUGACGAAUAGAGAAGACGAAUAUGACUAUCUUUUCAAAGUGGUGCUGAUUGGGGACUCUGGAGUGGGGAAGAGUAACCUGCUGUCCCGCUUCACCCGUAACGAGUUCAACCUGGAGAGCAAGAGCACCAUUGGGGUGGAGUUUGCCACGCGCAGCAUCCAUGUGGAGGGCAAGACCGUCAAGGCCCAGAUCUGGGACACGGCAGGACAGGAGCGCUACAGAGCCAUCACCUCCGCGUACUACCGUGGGGCAGUGGGGGCUCUGCUGGUGUACGACAUCGCCAAGCACCUGACGUACGAAAACGCUGAACGCUGGCUGAAGGAGCUGCAGGACCACGCUGACAGCAACAUCGUCAUCAUGCUGGUGGGCAACAAGAGUGACCUGCGCCACCUCAGGGCCGUGCCCAUGGACGAGGCCAAGGCCUUGGCAGAGAAGCAUGGACUGUCUUUCCUGGAGACCUCGGCGUUAGACUCCUCUAAUGUGGAGCUGGCUUUCCAGACCAUUCUCACAGCCAUCUACAACAUCGUGUCCCAGAGGCAAAUGACGGGCCGCAGCGACACCGACUUCUCGCCCAACUCCAAUGUGGUGCCGAUCACGGUGCAGCCCACGCAGAACGCUGCCAAGUCGAGUGCCUGCUGCCAGAACAACUGAGGCCUCACCACCGCCAGGGAGAGUCAGGGACAGACAGGUAGACGGGGAGGGAGGACUGGGAGAUGAAGAGAAACCUAGAGACAAGGAUACAGGCAGACAGAAACAAGGGGAGAGAUACAAAGGGGGGCAACCAAGUGUUUCUGUAGCCUCUUUGCAUUGUUUCUUCUGUGAAGUCUGUCCCCAUCUAGUUCAAUAAGCUUUAUGGUUAUGCCUUGGCUUGAUCGGUUUUAAAUAUGAAAGAGGACAUGAUUUGAAUUCAUUUACAUGAAUUGAGAAAUUGAGCAUGUUAGGGUAUGGUCCGCCAUGUCUUUACACAGUUUUUGUCUCACUCAUUGUGAACUGAUCCCCCAUUGUCAGCUCAAUUUAAUAAGCCUGUGAACACACCCAAUUCCAUAGCACAGAAAAAGGGCAAUAAGAUUCGGCAGUGAAGACCUGGCUUCACUGAAGUGUAAUCGCCCCUCUCUCCAUUGUCAGUCAGCUCCUCCCAAACGUAUUUGAGUUUGUCCCAAUGAUAUUUAUUUAACACUAUAUUGAGGUCUUGUUUGACCAAAGGGUUUGUGCUAACAUGCAACACUGGGUGGGUUUGAUCUGAAGCUGCUUACUAUAUAUGAAGGGUGUCUAUCUUUUUGUUCUUGAUUUCACUGGUAAUUAAAUCCUUUUAUGAUGGAGUUGUUAAAUGUAACUACCCUUGGCUAAUGGGAAACGAGGAGUUAAGCCAUCUCUUCCCAAAUGUACCUGGUCGAAUGUCAGGCCAAUCUAAACUGCACAAAAUGGGGGUCCGUGGAGAACUUUUCAUGUCCAUUUUAUCAGUGCACUUGGACUUCCCUUUGUCUUUACACAGAAUAAAGUUUGCUCUUCUGAUGAAACCCAUUACAAAGUACUUUGUGCACAGCAAUUUUUCUCACAUAGGCCUAUGUCUUCAUUGCUAACAAACCAGUCUUGCUCCUUUACUGCCGUGAACCAUCUUUUUUUUCUGGUUUAACUGAAUUGCUCUCGUUUUCCCCGUGGCUGUGGAGAUAUGGAAGGGUGAUGAGGGGAUAGUGUUUGUAGUGGUGGUGGUCAUAUACCAUGGUCUCAGUGGAGCCCUCCCUGCUGUCCUGGAUGGGUGGACAGCUCAUGUUUCAAGAGAUGGGUAGUAAGGGCAAUCAGCCUUGCCCGCUGCUGGGUCUCUGAUGUACACAAGACGGCUUGUUUUACUGUAAAUGAACUCCAUUGUAACUGGAACAGUAUCAUGCUUUCUGGGAUAUCCCAUAAGAGUAUCCCAGGUCUCUUUGUAUGGUUUUAUUUUCUCUUUUUUCUGGGUGUGUUUAGUUCUGUCAGGUUGGUUAGAGUAAGCACUAUGGAGGAUGCUAGCCCUUAUAGAUCUGCUAGUUUGGCAAAAGAAGGGAGGUGUGGGGAAAGUUUCAGGGUGCCAUUACCACGGCCAAAAGGUCAAGUGUAAACAGUCAUUAUCCUGCUGAGUUUUUUUUUUCCCUCACUUGUGGCAUUCCCAAUAGUAAAUUGGGUAGUAAAGGUUAGGUUUUUAAAAUGUUAAUUCUCAUGUGUAUAUUUAGAUUGCAUAUGUAUAAAUAAAUGUAAUUUCUUAA